AUGGCAUCCUCUGCUCCCUCCGGACACUUGACGGUCCCCCUGGCCAAGCGGCGCCGCAUUGCCGUUCUCACCAGUGGCGGAGACGCUCCUGGUAUGAACGGUGUCGUGCGUGCGGUGAUCCGGAUGUCGAUUCAUUGCAAGUGCGAAGCGUACGCUAUCCAUGAAGGCUACGAAGGCCUUGUCCAGGGCGGCGAUUUGAUCCGACGGAUGCAUUGGGAAGACGUUCGCGGUUGGUUGUCUCGCGGCGGUACGCUCAUCGGUUCAGCUCGAUGCAAGUCCUUUAUGCAAAGAGCAGGCCGCCUGCAAGCCGCAAGGAACAUGGUCAUAAGGGGGAUCGACGCCCUUAUUGUUUGUGGAGGAGACGGCAGUUUGACCGGCGCAGACGUCUUUCGCUCCGAAUGGCCUGGCUUGCUCGAUGAGCUUGUCCAGAACGGUGACCUUACCGCCAACCAAGUUGCACCAUAUAAGACCUUGAACAUCGUGGGCUUAGUGGGCUCGAUUGACAAUGACAUGUCGACCACGGAUGCUACUAUCGGGUGCUAUUCCUCAUUGCAUCGUAUCUGCGAGGCCGUUGACGAAGUUUUCGACACCGCCGCUUCCCAUCAACGUGGUUUUGUCAUUGAGGUGAUGGGAAGACAUUGCGGCUGGCUUGCCCUCAUGUCUGCCAUUAGUACAGGUGCUGACUGGCUAUUUAUCCCCGAGAUGCCUCCGCGGGACGGUUGGGAAGAUGACAUACUCAAGCUUGACACCCGCGUCACAGUCCUGGGACAUACGCAGAGGGGUGGCGCCGCGUGUGCUUACGAUAGAUGGCUCGCAACCCUCCAGGGAACUGAAGCUGUGAGAGCCGUGCUCGAAGCAACGCCUGAUUCUCCAUCCCCUAUCAUCACAAUUCGCGAGAACAAAAUUGAAAGGGGCUCCUUAAUAGAAGCUGUUGAGGCUACUAAGAGAGUCGCAAAAUGUGUAGACGAAAAGGGCUUUGAGGAGGCUAUGCAGCUUCGAGAUUCAGAAUUUAAAGCUUACCACAGGGCUUACAUCAACACGACCACUCCGCAUCAUCCCAAGAUGCUGCUUGCCCCAGAGAAGCGAAUGCGCAUUGCGAUUAUUCACGUUGGUGCCCCGGCCGGCGGCAUGAAUCCUGCAACUAGAGCGGCAGUGGCCUAUUGCAUUGCUCGAGGACAUACUCCCGUUGCCAUUUAUAACGGGUUCCCUGGGUUGUGCCGUCAUCAUGCUGAUAAGCCACUGGGCUCCGUUCGCGAGGUAGACUGGUUGGAGUCAGAUUCCUGGGUAAACGAGGGUGGCUCCGAGAUUGGGACGAAUCGAGGUCUUCCCUCUGAAGAUAUGCCAACGACCGCACAUUGCUUCGAGCUAUACAAAUUCGACGCUCUGUUUAUAAUAGGAGGGUUCGAAGCCUUUACUGCAGCAAGCCAGCUUCGACAAGCAAGAAAAGAUUACGCCUCGUUGAGAAUCCCCAUUGUGGUGCUCCCUGCUACUAUUUCAAAUAAUGUUCCUGGCACAGAAUACUCACUGGGCAGCGAUACUUGCCUCAAUACACUGGUGAAUUUUUGCGACGUGAUCCGGCAAUCCGCUUCUUCUUCGCGUCGCCGAGUAUUCGUGAUUGAGACUCAAGGCGGCCGUUCUGGGUAUAUCGCUGUGAUGGCUGGAUUGGCAGUGGGAGCUUAUGCAGUCUACAUCCCCGAGGAAGGAAUCGAUAUCAAAAUGCUCGCUCGCGACAUCGAAUACCUUCGCCACAACUUUGCGACCGACCGGGGCGCGAGUCAUGCGGGUAAGGUCAUUCUUCGCAACGAGAAAGCUUCUGGCACGUAUACCACACAAGUCAUCGCGGAUAUGAUCAAAGAAGAGGCGAAGGGCCGUUUCGAGUCUCGCGCAGCUGUGCCUGGGCAUUUCCAACAGGGCGGAAAACCAUCACCGAUGGACCGGAUCCGUGCACUCCGUCUUGCGCUCCGCUGCAUCCAGCAUCUCGAAUCAUUCGCGGGGCGCAGCGGUGAAGAAAUUGCAGCUGAUGAGAUGUCGAGCGUUGUGAUCGGUAUCCGAGGCAGUGAGGUUGUCUUUGGCCCAAUGUCCGGCGAGGAUGGCCUGGAGGCGACGGAUACUGACUGGGAGCAUCGACGUCCACGAAACGAAUUCUGGAUGAAGUUGCGACAUCUGGUCGAUACGCUCAGCGGACGGCCUGCGGACAGCAAGGAGGGCAAGUUCCAACUGUCCGAUGACGAGGGCUGGGAGUCUGGCGGCACGUCCGACCCGUGUCAUUUUGCGGCCACUCCCAAGAUCAGGCCUAGAGAGCUACCUCUCAGAUAG